AUGACUAGCACGAAACAUCUGUCCCUGAUUGGCCUCCUGUUGCUUGCGCUCCUAUCUUCCACGAUACAGGCUGGAGCUAGCACUGCGUCGUCCGCCGUGUACAAGACCCGGUUCGACGGCGUCACCUGGGACAAUGCCCGCUGGGUCCUGUCCACCACCAACCUCGACCAGGGCCACUACCAAUCUCGGGUCACAGUUGCGAACGGCUACCAUGGAAUCAACGUAGCGUCUCUGGGGCCAUUCUUCGAAAUCGACACCCCUGUGGACGGCGACAACAUCAAUGGCUGGCCUCUGUAUAGUCGACGGCAGACGUUCGCUACUAUCGGAGGAUUUUGGGACUCGCAGGCGACGACUAACGGAAGCAAUUUUCCAUGGCUCGAUCAAUACGGUUGGGACAGUGUCAUCAGUGGAAUCCCUCAUUGGGCGGGCAUUGUUGCUGAUCUAGGCGGAGAUGACUAUCUUGCCGCGUCAACGAACAGCUCGACAAUCAGCAAUUUUCAAUCGAGCCUGGACCUGAAGAGGGGUUUGAAGAAUUGGGAGUUCACCUGGUCUCCCAGUGGCCAUGGUUCAUUCAAUGUGUCAUACCAAAUGUUUGCGCACAAGCUUUACAUCAACCAGGCGGUGGUCAGCUUGAACAUCACCGCUGCAAGAACCACCAACCUCACCAUCACAAAUGUACUGAACGGGGAUUGUGCCGUGCGGACGACCCCGGGAGACAGAGGCACCGACGGCGGACUCAUCUUCACCUCGGUCCAACCGGAUGGCAUCCAAAACGUGACUGCUUACGUCUACGCUGGACUAUCUAGCACUGGCGCAACUAUUCGCCCGGUCGAGCAGGCCACUGGGGAUCGGCCUUACGUGGGUAGCAACAAGUCUUCCAUCGCGAGCGGCUUUAAUGUCACUCUACAGGCCGGGAAAGUCGCAACAUUCACCAAAUUUGUCGGCAUUGCCUCGAGCGACGGAUUUGCUCAUCCACAAGCCGUUGCGAGACAAGCAGCCCUCGCUGCACAGAAAGCAGGGUACAACGCUUCGUUACAGAGUCAUGUCAAAGCCUGGGCUAAAGACUUGACCGCCGAUUCGAUCGACGACUUCUCUUAUCCGGAGAAUGGAACUCUGCCCGAUGAUCCGUAUAUUAUCGAGACCGCCAUCACGGCUGUGGCAAACACAUACCACCUACUCCAGAAUACACUGUCCGACAGUGCCGUGGCAGCCGCUGGAAACGCCUCCAUCAACAGCCACAGCAUCGCCGUGGGAGGACUAGGUUCGGAUUCAUAUGCGGGACAGAUCUUUUGGGACGCCGACAUCUGGAUGCAGCCGGGCCUGGUAGCGGCGUUUCCUUCAGCUGCAAGGGGAAUCUCCAACUAUCGACUCGGGCAGUAUCAGCAGGCCAAGCGCAAUGUAAAGACGGCUUUUCAGUCGUCCCAGAACCACACGAAUUUCUCCUCAAACGCGGCCAUCUUCUCCUGGACCGGUGGACGGUUUGGCAACUGUACGGCGACCGGCCCGUGCUUCGACUAUGAAUACCACAUCAACGGCGACAUCGGCUUGGAACUCGUCAACUACUGGGCGUCGUCAGGAGACACGUCUUAUUUCCGCGACGAGUUGUUCCCGAUCUAUGACUCAGUGGCCACGCUCUACUCGGAGUUGCUCGAGAAGAAUGGGUCUAGCUGGUGGCUGCGCAAUAUGACGGACCCGGACGAAUACGCCAACCAUGUCGAUAACGGCGGGUAUACAAUGGCCUUGAUCUCGACCCACCUGAGCAACGCCAACAUGUUCCGGAGCAUAUUCAACGGCACGCCGAACGCGACUUGGGAGUCGCAGGCUGCGAACGUAUUUUUGGCCCGAGACAACGAGGCCGACGUGAUUCUGGAGUAUCCUGGCAUGAACGGCAGCACGUCUGUCAAACAAGCGGACGUCGUCCUCAACACCUAUCCACUCUCGUUCACUCGAGACAACUAUACGGCCGAGCGCUCGUUGAGCGACCUGGACUACUACGCAGGAAAGCAAUCGGUGAACGGGCCGGCCAUGACGUACGCCAUCUUCGCCAUCAUAGCCAACCAGGUCUCGCCGUCGGGCUGCUCGAGCUACACGUACCAGCACUACUCGACACAGCCGUACCUACGGGCGCCGUGGUACCAGUUAUCGGAGCAGCUGGUUGACAAUUGGACCGUCAACGGCAACACACAUCCGGCGUACCCGUUCCUGACAGGCCACGGAGGCUCACACCAGGUUGUGCUGUUUGGCUAUCUGGGCUUGCGUCUGAUCCCGGACUACAUCCUGCAUGUCGAUCCAUCACUACCACCCCAGAUUCCACAGAUUCGGUACCGCACAUUCUACUGGCACGGGUGGCCGAUCUCUGCCUUUUCGAAUCAGACGCAUACGGUGCUGAGCCGGAAUGCAAGCGUCAUUCCGGAUGAAGGGGCCGUACCCAACGUCACGUACGCGACAGUCCCGAUCCCUGUGCAUGUCGGCCCCAUCGGCUCGCCGCCGCUGGCGAACUACAGCCUUGCGCCCAACGGCAGUGUGACCAUCGCCAACCGCCGGAUCGGCCAGAUCAAGACCACAGCGGGCAAUGUCGCCCAGUGUCUGCCCGUCACUUCGCCCGACGACUAUUUGCCUGGCCAGUUCCCGAUCGCCGCGGUCGAUGGCGCCGCCAGCACCAAGUGGCAGCCGGCGCUGGCCAACAAGACGGCCAGCAUCACGGUCGAGCUGCCUGUCGGCCAUCGCGUGACCGGCUUGCGUUUCGACUGGGCCCAGGCUCCGCCGUGGAAUUACUCGGUCCUCUUCCACAACCAGUCCCUGGACAACCCGAGCGGGCUGGCCGCCAACACGUCGCGGGGCGUGGUGGAAGUCGCGCGCAACGACCGCGUCCGCAUCACCAACGCGUACAAUGCCACUGAAAUCAAUGACAUUGGCCCCGUCGAAUCAAACAUCACCACCUACAACGUGUCGGGUGGCCAGGACGUCUAUACGGCGCGGUACGCCACCCUCCGGAUUUGGGGCAGUCUGAUCAAUGGUACGGCCACGGCGAGCUCGAUGAGCGGCAGCGGCGCCACCGUGGCUGAAUGGAGUAUUAUCGUCGACGGACUGAGCGAUGACACUGGUCAUGCGACGAGGGAUCUGGGCGGGACUGUCCGGCCGAGAGACGACCAUUUCAACAACAUGGACGUCUUGCACAAGCUGGGCAGGGUUGCACGGUAUGCAGAAGUGAGAGAGAAAUGGAAAAUGGGCCAAGUUCAGUCUGAGGGUUAG